AUGUGGACCUUGCAUGAAUGCUGCAGUGGGAUUGUGGUUGAUUGGGUUGCAAGAAACACAAGUUGCUCCAACUGUGGUUUUGAUUUUGGUCUCUCCACUGUCACCACCGAUCCGAAUGAUUUCUUGCUCCUUACUCAUGGAGAUUCGCAGCACCGUGGCUCAGAAACCGUCUCCAUCGUCACUACCGAGACGAAGAAUAGUUCCGAUCUUCCAAAUUCGCAGAGCCGCAGCUUAAAUUCCCUCGCAAUCGCCACCACUGAGCCGGAGAUUGAUCCGUCCGAUGAUAUCUUGUCCUCCGAUCACCGAAUUCUACAGAGUCUUGGCCCCAAUCGCGUCUCCAUCGCAGAUAUGUCCAAUAGGUUGCGUCUUCUUGCGACAAUCAAAACUCAAGCAAAUGAGAUAUUUAUUAAAGUGGAGAAGAAAAGUAGAAAAAAGGAUCGAAAUGCCUUUUUCGCUGCUUGUAUCUACAUUGCAUGUCGACAAACGGAUAUGACUCGAUCUAUCAGAGAAAUUUGCUCUGUUGCCAAUGGAGCCACAGUGUCGAAUAUUUCCAAGGCAAUUGGGGUCAUAGCUGAGACUCUGAACAUCGACAAAAUCUGGUUGAUGCAAAUCAAAGCCACUGACUUCAUAAAGCGGUUUUGCUCUACCCUUGGAAUGGAUGGCCAAGCAGUUAAAGCUGCUCAAGAAGCUGCGAGAAGCUAUGAGUGUGUUAACAGGAGUAGCUCUCCUGUAUCAGUUGCAGCCGUAGUCGUAUAUGCCGUUGCUCAAAUUUACGAUGACAAGCUGCUGCUCCAAGAUAUUACAAACGCCAAUGGAGUUCCAAAAACCUACAAGGAUGACAAGCUGCUGCUCGAAGAUAUUGCAAAGGCCACUGGAGUUCAAAAAGCUACGAUAAGGAAAACAUACAAGGACUUGUAUCCACAUCUGUCAACGAUACUAAUCAAGUGGUUUGCCGAAGCAGAGGACCUGAAAAUGCUAGCCAGUCCUUAG